AUGGAUACAGAUAUUAGCUCAUCACUUUACUCGUGCGCAAACAAAAAACUUAAUUGUAAAGAGUGUGGAUCUAUUCUCGUUAAACAUCCAAAACGACAUAUCGAAGGACAUCCUGCCCCAGAUCAAUCUUAUCAUUGCAAACGUUGCGAUUUUCAAUUUACACCAUGCGAUGAAGACGGGUGCGACGAAAUCAUGUGGAUACUUGGUACAGUCAUGAUUGGCUCAGUCAUGGGCAAUACCACUACCCUGCAUGGGGAACAAUCGUUUAUGAAGGAAUAUCACGAUGCACCAGAUUUCUAUCAACCUGAUUGCCCAAUGGAAGACGAAGAUUGUGAAUAUUGUAUCGAAUGGUUAGAAAAGAAUAAAUUAGAAUAA